AUGGUGCAAACGCGACAUAGUACAGAGGCUAGUGGGGCAUCGCCACCUAAUUUAUUGUCCUUUGAACGGCGAAGUGUAAGGAAACCUCAACGACUUAUUGCUGCUGAUGAUGAGAACAGUGAUGACAGUGGUGUUGUUCAUAUAAGCAAGAGAUCAAGAUCUAGAGGACAUUUUGAAGAGCAAAAACCAUCGCCUUCCAGACCCAGGGGCCGUCCUCGCAGAAGGCCAGUUAUUUCUAGUGCUGAUGAUGAUAGUGAAGAUGAAGAUGAAGAUCGGCCGAGAAAAAGGAAGACGAUGGAAGUUCAACCUGAUGAAGACACUAAAGGAGAAGACAUGUACAGUCGUGUGAAGCGGGUGAAACGAUCCAUCAAGCGAGAUAUGUAUGGUAUUCCUAUCCCGGAGUCGGAAUCGGAAAACUCUGAUGAAGAUGAUGAUGACGAAGAGGAUGAUGAUGAGGAUGAAAAUGGGGAAGAGAAAGGAAGUGAUGAGGAGGAGGAAGAAGAAAAUGAGGAAGAGGAAGAUGAUACACCACCUCCAAGACGUUCAUACAAUCUUCGAGAAUACAAACCACGAACACAACUGUUUGAGGUACCAAUUGAAAAGAGAAAAACCAGAGUUAGCAUAUUCAGAGAAGCUUCACCACCUUCUCCAAUAUCAAAGCCAAGGAGAAAUGAAGUGUACCGAUCUCCAGCUCAUCGAACAAAGCCUGUUGGUCGAAGAAAGGCAGCUUACCAUGGUAACUCUAGUACCUCUUCAUCCUCAUCCUCAUCCUCAUCGGAUGACUCAAGUGAUGAAGAACGCUUCAAAAGGAGAAAGGCAAAAAGCAUGGCAAAAGCAAGAAACCAAUGUUUGCCUAUGAACAUGUCUGCUGAAGAUGUUAACACAUCAGGAGUACUCCGAGAUCGUGUCAAAAUUGGGUCAAGUCUCGCUGAUGUGGACCCAAUGAGUGUUGACAGAAGUACAACAUUUGAUAGUGUCGGAGGUCUGGGAAAGCAUGUGAGAGCCUUAAAGGAAAUGGUUGUAUUUCCCUUAAUGUAUCCAGAAGUGUUUGAGAAAUUCAAGAUCAGUCCGCCAAGAGGCUGCCUUUUUUAUGGACCUCCAGGAACAGGAAAAACCCUGGUGGCUAGAGCACUAGCAAAUGAAUGUAGCACAGGAGACAAAAGAGUAGCCUUCUUCAUGAGGAAGGGAGCUGAUUGUCUGUCCAAAUGGGUUGGCGAAUCAGAGAGACAACUUAGGCUUCUGUUUGACCAGGCUUACCAGAUGAGGCCCUCCAUUAUCUUCUUUGAUGAAAUCGAUGGUUUGGCUCCUGUUCGGUCUAGUCGACAGGACCAGAUCCACAGCUCCAUAGUGUCCACCCUUUUAGCCUUGAUGGAUGGACUGGACAGCCGUGGCGAGAUUGUAGUUAUUGGGGCUACUAACCGCAUUGACUCCAUUGAUCCUGCCUUAAGGAGACCAGGAAGAUUUGACAGAGAAUUUCUCUUUCCACUGCCUUCACAAGAGGCGAGAAGGCAAAUCUUACAUAUUCACACAAAAGCAUGGAAUCCUAAAUUGUUGGACAUGUUUGUAAAAGAAGUUGCAGAAAGGACAGUUGGUUACUGUGGAGCUGAUCUGAAGGCACUGUGUACAGAAUCUGCCUUGAUUGCACUGCGGCGUCGAUACCCACAGAUCUAUACAACAUCAGAAAAGCUCCAGCUGGAUGUCUCCUCAAUCAGUGUCAGUGCCAAAGACUUUUUCUAUGCAAUGAAAACAAUUAUACCUGCUUCUCAAAGGUCUGUUAGCUCGCCUGCCAGAUCUCUUGCCAACUACCUUCAACCAGUGCUCAAGAAAUUGUUUACAGAAACACUCCAAACUUUACAGAAUGUCUUUCCAAUUGUUCUAGCUCAACUUUCGAGCCUAGAUGCUCCAGCCACAAGUUCUCAGGGAGAUGGCAGCACUGCUAUUGGUGAUAAUGAUUUAUUAAGUGACGAUGAUGACAACAUGCCUAGUAUAUUUGAGCAUCGUGGUCCUGGUCGGCGUAAAAGUCAUACAGAAGGGACAACAAAGCAACAGUUCAUUAGUUUUACUAGUUACGCAUACAAAGAACCGUCCACACACCGACCUCGACUUUUACUGGCUGGCACCCAAGGGCAGGGUCAGUCAUCCCAUCUAGCUCCUGCCCUUCUCCACUACAUGGAACAGCUACCUGUGCAUGUCAUUGACCUCCCCUCCCUGUUUGCUGUUAGUGCAAAAACACCAGAAGAGUCCUGUGCACAGAUAUUUCGAGAAGCAAUGCGAAGUUCUCCAAGUAUUGUGUACAUGCCACAUAUCAAUCACUGGUGGGGUGUUCUGGGUGACACACUUAAGGCAACCCUUCAGAUGCUUCUACAGGACCUGGUGCCCACCACCCCAGUCCUUAUUCUGGCUACCAGUGAACAGCCCUACAAUGACCUUGACUUUCAGCUUCAGCUCAUGUUCAGUGUAUAUGCUGGAGAAGUGGUAACAAUGACCAACCCAAGUGAGGCCGAAAGAAAAGCCUUUUUCUCUGAUCUCAUUCUCAAUCAGACAAGACAACCACCUAGCCAGAAAACACAAGCUGCAAGGCGACUUUUAGAGGUCCUACCCAAAGCCCCCGCCCCAGAACCAAGGAAACUGACAGAAAAAGAACUUGCAGCUCUGUACAAUCAGGAGGAAGCUACACUGAGAGAAUUGCGUCUCUUUCUCAGGGAUGUCAUCAACAAACUGGGACGUGACAGGAAGUUUCAAAUUUUUGCCAAACCUGUUGACUUAGAAGAUGUGCCUGAUUAUACUGAGAUCAUCACAAAUCCAAUGGAUCUAUCUUCCAUGAUGUCUAAAAUAGACAGCCACAGCUACCAGACUGCUAAGGAAUUCAUGAGUGAUGUAAAUCUUAUUUGUAGGAAUGCCUUGGAGUACAAUCCUGCCACAGACCCUGCUGGACGAGCCAUUAGACACCGAGCCUGUGCUCUGAAGGACACAGCUAAUGCCAUCCUCAAUGCUGAAUUAGAUCCAGAGUUUGAGAAAUCCUGUCAGGAGAUUGUAGCCUCCAGAAAGCGAAGAGGUAUAAAUCCAUCAGAUUCAGCACCACAGUUCUGCCACACAUUACCAAAGAAUUCCCAUACACCUACCUCCUCUAGUCAACAUACGCCUGUAGCAAGGGCUGACGAUGGUCAUCGCACAAGUCGCCGGGCACGUGGUCUUAAUGCUGAAACAUCAUUGGAUCUAGAAAUGGUUGAGGCUCAGUGGAGAUUAGAAAAGAGAAAAUCUUCUCCAGUUAAGAAAGAGAAUGAGAACUCUAAAGUGUUAUCAAAAAAGCAGCUUUCAUCUUCAAAGAAAGCCAUUCAUUUUACAACUCCGUCUUCACAUAAAAGUCGUCCAAAGAAAAAAAUAGUGUGGAGUUACACAAAACGUCGCAGGAGAAAAAGGAGAUUCAAUUUUGAAAAUGAAACAAAUACAGAGGAGGAAGAAGAAGAUGCAGGAGAGGAAAAGGACCACAGUAUUUCUGUUGAUCUGACUCAAGAACUUCACAUAACACCAGUGUCUCACAGAGACUUGUCACCUAGAAGUAAUAAUGAAACUUCACCAAGGUGUGAUUUAUCACCAAAAGGACAAGUGUCACCUGUAGGUAGGAGGCGGACCCACUCUCCCCGCACAAAGGACAUUGAUCAGCACAAGCACUCGCCUGGCAUACCUAAGGCAAAUUCUUGUUUGAUAUCAGAUGAUGAAUCCAAAAUGGAUGUCUCUCACGGAGAUGUGAAAAACUCUCCAGUGUUUAGGAAAAGAGUUGGAACACGGAGAUGUAGUGAAGGACAUGACGAAGUAGAACAAUCAAGUAGUUUACAAAGCCCAAGUGCUAGUGUAACAUGUGAGCAAGAAUCUCAGGAUGAAAAUACAACCACCAAAGACAAAAUAAAUACCUCAAAAAAAAAAGAAGCUGCUUUAGAAGAACAUGUAACAGCAGGCAAGGACACACUAUCUAAAGACAGCAUAUUGUGUGUUAAUGGGGAAGUAGACAGUGGAGUUGGUAGCUCAGUGGAUAGUAAUGGUGACUCCUUGGAUGGUGUUGACCAGGCCAAACAGCUGAGGGGAAAGACAGCAACUGAGGCAACUGUCCAUGGAAAGGAGAAGGAAAAUGAAGAUCAGACAAAAAAUCUGAAGACUGUAGAACAGGAAGAUAGAGAACUAUCACCAGGAAUACGGAUGACAAGAUCACGACUCCAGACCAAGGAACAGGAGCGAGCAAUGGCCAUUCUGGAGGCUCCCUCUCAACCUGUGGUCAUUGAUGAGGAUAAAUUGGCCUGUUUAUUGGAAACCUUGGUCAGAAUCACAGAGAGCUUUGAUGUAGAGAAACUGGAGAAAUUGUACAGUAUGCUUAGUCAGUGUAUCUACCACCACAGAGAGGAGUUUGACAAAACUUUGCUGACAGAGAAUCUUGAAGACUGUGUAAAACGCUUCAGCCACUAUGUGAGCAAUUGCACUGGAUCUGUGUAACCAAUCAAUACUGCAGGGAAUUACUCAAUUAACAGUCUUUCAUUUUAAAGAUCACAGGAAUUUGGGCAAAAUAAACCUUCGCCCAGGAGCUUUUUGCUGUGUUGUUGGAACAGUGGUAAUAUUAUAUCUCUUUAAUUGAAAGAAAUCAAGUGUUUAACAUCCAGAAUAGUUGAAUCAGUAUUGUAAGUGAAGUAAGAGAUUAUCAACUGGCCGGGCCUAGUCCAUGCUAGAGUCCUAGAUCAUCUGAUUUCUUGUCAUAUUAAAAAUCCCAAAUACUGAUCGCUGUGAGUUACAUUCAUUCCAACAACAUAGCAAAGAAAGACUCUAGCAAUCUAGCUAUCACACUGCCAAUGAGUGGAUUUUUUUUUUUGAGAAGUAUUAUAAUGUUGAAUGAUGUGAACAUGUUGAUUUUGAUAUAGAUUAUAUUUUUCAAAGUAAGAUGAUUUGAGGUUAUGCAUGAAAUUGAUUAUGUAUCUGAUCACUCAUAACAGUUUAAAUUUGUAUGACAAGUUUAAAAUGCAUGUUGUAAGGAAUAGUUUGACCAUCUUUGGACACGUUGAAAAUAGUAUUAAAGGCAACCUAAAUGAAUGGUGAAGGUGACAGAAAAUACAUGUUUGAAAAAUAAAUGCCAAAAUAUAUUUAUUAAAUGUAGAAUUGAGGGCGAAAACUUUUUUAUCUAAAAAAUAAUUGAGAGUAGUAGUGACUCAAUGUUGUCUUUGGGACACAGCAAAUGGCAUCAACUUUUUUCCCUCACACUUAUAUAAAAAAUUUUGAACAUCAAUGAUAUAUUUAAAUUUAGUGCCUUUUAUAUGAGAUUUUUUUUUUUUUUGAGGUCACUGUACUGUAAUGAUUAACUUACCUCUCCAUAGAAAAUUCAGUAGACUUGAAAGUUGGUCGUUCAAUUGACCUUAGAUAGGAAUCUACUUAACAUCCUGUGAAAAGUGUAAACAUCUUGGGGUCCAUUGGAGCAUAGGAUUAAAACAAACAAGUCAAUGAAACUUAGAAUUUGGCUUGAUUUCAGUAUUAAAUGUUUAAGAACAAUUCCGGACAAUUUAUAAUUCUUUAAUAAGUGUGUAUUGAUAUUAUUCACUUCUUUCAUACACAUGUCUACUCUAGUAUAUGCACAUCAUACAUUUUGUGUGGAAAUUUUGAGUGAGAAGGGUUUGUUUGUUUGUUUGUUUGCACAUUGAUUUGGAUGAGAAAGAUAUCAAAAUAUCUGAAAGAAAAUUAGAGACAGAUAUAGAGACAAAAGACAAUUGAUUUAACUUUUAAACAUACUGCCUUAUUUUGUAAAUGUGCUAUCAUAUUGUUUGCCCCAUUUUCUGUUGUAUUUUUAUAUUGCUAAAAGAUUUUUACAAACUUUCUGUCGUAUGUGGACAUAUGUAUGAUGUGUGUUUUGGUAGUUGUGUUUUUUUCUUCUGAAGAAACUUGCCUCUGAAUAAAGCAGGGACCAGCAGCUUCAUCUGUAUUUACUGAUUUCUGGGGACCUAUGUAUAGCCUGUAUAUAUAUUUACUGAAAAAAAUAUCAAUGUGAUGUAUAUAAUAGUAAUUUAUUUCUUGUUUAAAACCUGUAAUCAGCAUGUUUGGUUGGGGUUGUUUUUUUUUUGGUACAAUAUAAAAGAUAAUCUGUCUGUAGAAUUCCACUUAGAGGGAAAUGGGGUUAUCAAUAAAAUGUGCACUAAACUAUAAACAGUUUUAUGCCUUCUUAUAUCAGAUACACAAAUUCAUUUUGAAAAUUAUGAAUGACACUAAUAAAAAAUUUAAAAAAUACAAAUGACGUGCAGUAAUUAGAAAUCUGUUGUGUUUAUUAGAUCAGUUUUACACAUAAGUGGGUUUUAUUUUCAAAAUUGAGAAGUGGAAAAACAUGUUUGACAAUAUUUCAAUUCAAUUGAAGUUAACAAGAUCUCAUAAGUAGAUACAAAUGUUGAGUGAGGCUCAGCGAGAUAAACGAGUGAUAAAGAUUGAUUUUAUGCAUCAGUAACUUUGUAAAUGAAUUGCCCUGUAGAAGGUUCAGCAUGAAAUACGAUCAGACGAUUGUCUAUUUUAGUGCAAUAAGUAUCUAUUUUUCUAACAUAUGUAAUGCGUCAUUUACAUAUUAAGUAAUCUGCAAAUGUUUGUGUAAUACAAGUGCUACCUAUUUGGCAGUAAAACAGCAAAGGGUAAAACAUUGAUUUGACCCAUGAAUUCCGAAAUAGAUCUCUUCCCUUCAAGGUGCAGUUUCCAAAGUAGAAACUUUAUUCUACCUCUUGUCUGUUGUUGAGAUCUCCCUAUCUGAAGCCUAAAUGGGUGAAAGAUUCUAUUAAUCAUUCAAUUUUAGUGCUCUGACAGUUUAUUAUGAAAUGAAACUGGGGGAAAAAAAGAAUGCUUUUUCUAUGGAUAUGUUUUAUUCAGA